GACACUUCGUCGGGUGGGCGAGUAGAUUAUGGCAUGACACGUGUCACACGAGCCAUGCGAAGAUUCCUCCUAUUCCUCGCCGGGCUUCCACUGGUUGCAGCCAACACAUGCACCGGCACACCCCAUGUGGGACCCAUGCAGGACGCUUCGAGCUGCGGCGGCCUUGCUCACUGCGGGGAAUGUCAGGUGCAAUGCAGCUGUCAAGGCCUUGGCAACAACUGCUUGGGCUCAGACACGUUGCUGAGAUGUUUGGGCCACGACGAUCCCAUCCGGAAUCUGUCCAAAGAUCAGUUUCAAUAUGGCACCUGCAACAGUGCUGACACCAGUGCUGUGGGCCUUGUAGCAGCAGAUCCCUGUGGAUAUGAGCUCUGCUGUCCGGCGAGUCCGUUCGUCCCAAGUGGUUGCAACAAUGCCAUCGAGCAGCGCUUGGGCAUGGAGGGCCAAUGCCAGGCCAUGAUAGCCAGUGGUACCUACUCCUGUGAGGCGAGUUUUUGCCACAGCUGUGGUCCUCUGGCUGGGCAAUGUGACCAAUAUUGUGGCUAUGGAGCGUGCGCAGUCUGUGGGGAUUGUUGGCCCUCAGCACGCACCACUGCAGAUGGCCGAGCUCGAUGUGAUGAUGGCAACUCACAGGAUGGCGAUGGUUGUAGCAGCACCUGUGAAGUAGAAGAUGGUUGGACAUGCACAAGAGAGGUGGUGCCCAUCAUGAAUACAGCUUUGAACAUCCAAACCAUUAUUGAAGUUGACAGGUGUCGGAAAUGUACAGAUUCUCCAGUGGGUUGGACUGACCUACAAGGCUACACCUGUCAGGACUACGAGUUCUUCCAGGCGUGUGACGCCGGCUCCAGCAGCACGGAUCCUCUGGUGGCUGGAGGUCGCUUGCGAUUGACGCCCGAGUACUUCCAAUACCAAUUCCUCUACGACUUGAACGUCACCAUGAGCCAACCGCUGAUGAUGAUCGUUACAGUAACAGCUGCAAGCAAUGCGCAUAUCUUUCUAGGAAAACCACAAGAGUAUGGCUUUGAGAUUGUUCUGGGCGGCUGGAACAACGGCCUCUCUGUGUUGCGAGUGUACCCCAGCGAAGUGCAGUUGGACAACAAGUACGAUGCAGUGCUUGAUGCCUCAAGCCCCCGGAGUUUCUGGGUCUACUACAGCUCCGAUGGCAACCUCAGCGUGGGCAUUGGCGAGGUCUUUUGGAAUCAAACCAUCCUUCAUGGCUCGUAUCUGUCGAUGCACGAAGUGCAGACCUACGGCUGGGUUGAUGCCUCCAACACGAGCCUUCUAAACCAGGUUCACAUUACGACUGGCUGGUCUUCGACUGGGGUGUGGGAUGUCCGACUGGUGCAAGGCUUUGCAGGGCUCACAAUACAAGAUUUGGCCAAUGGAGGCAUCGAUGCCACCAGCGCCUGUUGCGCCUGCAGUGGUGGUGUCUUCGGCCGUCCAUGUGAGCAGCGCACCACAGGUGCAUUGCCUUGGGUGGCGCGCGGUAAUGUGAGGACACAGAGCCGCAGGCUGGCGGGUGGCUUUCAAGAUGCAAUCCUAUUGGGCGCUCCCUCGGUCGAUGGCUUUGCUUUGAAUAUCCAAUUCGUCGAUUGUGAGGCGGCAUCAGGAUGCAUGCUGGAUGCCAUCGUUCUCCCUUCAGAGGCCAAGGACAAAGUUCUCACGCCACUGCGACAGGUCUGGACCCAGGUGAUGUACCCUGGCUGCCGCACGUUUGACCAUGCACAGGUGGGCUCGUACUUCAUUUGGCGCACCUCAGACUGUAACUUCACCGCUGGUACCCUCUACGCCGUUGCGCUGCACCUGACAACUACCGGAGGCGAUUACCUGCACAUCAUGGACCUGCAGGUUCCAGGUUUGCCGGCCUCGGAAGUUACUGCCCUGAGCUUCAAGGAUUUGGACGUGCGAGGGGGCUACAUGCGGGGGGAGGUGAGUAUCGAAGGCCUUGAAGAUGAGAGUAACGUCCUUCAGUACCGCACCUAUUUCGGUCAAGCCGAAGGAACCAAGAUUGGUUUCAUCUCAGAUAAGCGCGCAGCGAAGAUUGGAUGGAUCAAUACCUUCGCAUCCGGCGGGCUCCGCAGUGGCUUUAACAACGAGUGUCUCUAUGGCGAUUGCAACUGGAACAUGCACCUGGCCAGAAGUGCUCAGAAUGGUCGCCCCGUUCCGCAGUACAUCAUCAGGCACAAGAACACGGGCUACUGUCUUUGCUAUCCUUUUCAGGAGCUGACAGAAACAGUUUGCCCCACAGAGCUACUGACGUUGGAUGCCCCUGUGACUUACAAAUAUACGCCCACGGGCAACGGCGCCUUGUUGGAUAGGAACAAUGACUAUUACAAGACAGUUUGGUAUCGCAACAUCGGUGAAAGUGGUGUUCGAACCUUCGAUUCUGUGAAGGCCAUCAUGGAGCAGGUCUGCAACGAUAUGCUGCCCUGUGUUGGGAUUUUGGUCUUGGACCCCGGCUACGAUGGGAUUCUCUUGCUGGAUCGAAGAUAUGGCACGUCUGAAUAUCCAGGCCAGUGGCCACCAGAUCUGCACCCUGCUCUUCAAGCCGUUGGUGCUGAACAAGCCUGGGAGGCCUACAGUGAUUCCCAGGCUUUGGCACCUGCGAACCCCUCGCGGACCAGCUUGGACAUCAUCAAUGAUCCAUUUUGGCAGCCUUGGAGAGCCUACAUCAGAGAGGUCCAGGAAGAUUGCCUCUGGAUGCUGCAGGACCGCAUCUUCAACGGCACGGUCGAGUCGCGCUUGAUGAGCUCGGCAGCGCACGACUGCCUCUGCCAGGUGCCUGCGGAGAGUGACACCGUGGGGCCAGAUGGAUUGUUGGUGCCAGCGCAAGACACCAUGUGGCACCAGCCCCUUGUGGGGAAGUUCUGCGAUGCCAUGGUGCUGGACUUUAGGAUCAACAACAAGGAAGUGAGGACCACUGGCUACUGCGAAUGGGAGUUGCAUCCUUCUGUGCCCAGUGACUUUGUGGUAGGUUUAGAUGCCACCAUGAACGACAGCGUGACCACAUCAGGACCUGUGGAGUGGACCAUCUUCGAAGGUGCUGAGUCCUGGAAGCUUACAGGCUCUGGCGCGUUGCCCAUCCCGGAUACGAUUUUGGCGUCCAACUAUACCUUGGCCGCCUGGGUCAACAUCCCCAGCUUCGACUUCCUCAACGCCUCCGACGCUGCGGUGAUUUCCAUCUUCGAUUCCCUGGGGCUUUCAGGUCGUGAGGAGCCGUGUCUGCAAGUGUCGCAACGUGCUCAACUGGAUGGUCGACCGGCCUUCUGCGGUGGCGAUUUUCUCUGCAACGCCUCCCAAGUGGACUGCUGCUACUUCGGAUAUGGCACGUCCACUACCACCACCACCACCUCAACUGCGGGGAACAAUACCAUGGAGGACGAGCAAUGCGGCUGCAGCUGUGCGAUCAGCAUGACCGAGGAGGUGGCCAAUGAAUUCGGCCACCCGCUGCCCGGGAACAAGUGGGCGCUGCAGAUGCGCGCCUGUGACAGCGAGGUGCCCUGGGACAGCGGCACGGACAUCACGGUCCCACUGGGAGGCAGCUCCAAUUGGCUUCUGCUGGUGGCUGCGGCGGAUAGUGAGACGACCACUUUCUACACUUCACAACCUUUGGCACCAGAGGUGGUGACCUAUAACCAGAGCUUCGGCUGUGACAGCCCUGGCUGUCGCACCACGGUGAUUUUUCGGGACAUUCCCAGGGAUCCUUCGCGGACAUGUGCUUUGGAAGUGGACGUUUGGGUCACGGACUACACCAACAAUGAGCAUCAUGCCAUGCCAGAGGUCGUUGAAGUGAUCAGCGUCCGUGGUAGCGCCCCGGUGAAUUCCCGCGAUGUGCGACGCUACUGUCAUCCGGGUGCGGCGAACCAGCUGAAUUGGUUGUACAACUGCGUGCACAAAGAGAACCUGGAUGAGUGGGUCUUGAGUACCAGCGCUGAUCGUGCCAUUCGCAUCGAAUUGAAGAUCAGUGACUUUGUGGACGCCUAUCCCAAAGAUGGCAUGUACUUGAGCGGCUUCGCGGCCAUUUCCUGCGCACAGGUGAUGCCACCAGCAAGGGGGUUGCCCAAGUCUGGAAGCCUCCAUGCGUUGGGCUCCGUGAAAAGGAGCUGUUCAGGUUCCACCCUCAAGGCACUUGGGGGCGCCAUGGGUUCGACUGCCGCUGGGGAUGCACCCAGUAUCUACAUCUCCCAGGCCUGGGCCUUCCAACGUAUGCUCCCCGUGGACGAGUUGAUGGCGUUACACCUGGGCACCCGCACACGUUACCACCGCGACUAUCAGAUCCCCGUGACCAGCACCGAAAUCGUCAAACCUGGGGUGGAAGUCGUGGUCUCCGGGAUCCUCCAGUGCGAAUUCCCUGGUUGUUCCGCCUCCGUGACCCUGACCGGGCUGCCGACCAAUGGCGAUGCGCAGUGCUUCCUCACACUGAAAGUGCGGAUCACGGAUUUCAGUGGCCCAGAGGAAGUGGUGGAAUACAUCAGGAUCGAUAACGAUGUUCAUAACGUGGUGGAGAAUUGCUGGCCGCAGGCUGAUGGCAAUCCCGACGCCUAUUAUUUCUGCGCGGAUUCCUUGGACAUCUCGCAGUCGGUGCUCAGAAGUUCCUUCCUCCGGGACGGUGAGGCAGUGAUCACGGCCAAGAUUUCAGAGGAUGUGGACAUCUUGGAUUUCCGCUAUCAAAACCGUUGGAUGCUCUAUGCCGAGGCAGAAAUCCGCUGCCUGGGCGGAGCGGACAAGGAGCUUCAAGCGACUGUGCAGGUCCAACCGGAAGUGACUCACAUCCUUGCGGCACCGAUCAAUGCGCAAGGUGAAGGUCCCAUGAAGUCUACACCCUUCGUCGAUUCCUCCAACGGAUUCACCGAGCCACCGAUGAUCCUCCUGGCCUCCACGGCGGCACUGCAGGUCUCGGUGCAAAGCGCCUUCCCCGGGCAGUUCUGGGCCUUCGUCACGUAUCGCGUGGACGACGGCAUUACGAUGAAGGACAUCUACAGCGGCGCUUACAGUUCCAAAGCCAUUUGUGAAGCACCUCACCGGGCUCGUGGCCAGUUGACGAUUCAGGACUUCCGCGGGGAUCCUUUCCUGGUGAACUGUGAGUUUGAGCCUGGCAUUCCCUAUACGCUCAUCGUGUACGUCGAUGCCCUUGAAGCUCCCUGGGGAGGAGGCGAGAUGGUGAAGCUGCCCUUCACCGGCGUGAUGCCGGACACGCCCACGAAUCUGCCGCUGGUGCGCGCCAGGGCCAUGUAUUUCCUGGAUACCAAUCCUCUGGCGGCCAAGGUCUAUGGCACCUUGACCAUCACUUCAGCAGCUUCGGAGCAGAACCUCACGCAUUACCAUCUCUACUACGGAAGCUUUGGGCGCAUCUGGCCAGAGGGCAGCGAGCCUUUCGCCAUCAUCCCAGCCACGGGAGCGUACGACUACUCGGUCCUGGUGAACGCCCAGCUCCUACCAGGCGCAAACACCUUCCUGGUUUUCUGCAAGAAUUCCUACGGCGAGUCCACCUUGGAACGUCGCUUGGGCAUCCUGGAUUCUUCCAUGAUUCUGCUCCAGGAUCCUGCCAUUACUCCAAGCUACAACAAUGGCAACCUCUAUUUGGAGGUGAGUACUCAGAUGAGCGGUCCUGGUGCUCGUGUCGAUGUGGCGGUGGUACCGGCAGGUGUAGAGGUGGACGCCCGGAGCACCACGGAUUAUCGGCAGCUGGAUUUCGGUCCAAUCUCUGCGAGAACUGUGUGCACAGAGCGAGACAUCCAGUACGACUUGACAUCUGGUUCCAAGGUCAUCGGCCCUUGCUACAUGGAUCCCAACAAGGCCUACACAGUGAUUGUUCAUGUGGCCAUUCGCUACGACUGUCCUUGUGAAGAUCCCUGCUAUUGUACCGGUGAGAUGAGUUUCGACAGUCAGGCCCCCAGUGCCGGUUUGGAUGCCGCGAACGGGCGCAUCAUUUUGCCUGACACGGUGCCACCCAAUUUGGUGCUCUAUCCAUGUGACUCCACCUGCAACCUCGAUUCCAAGUUGCGCCUCACUGGUCAUGUCUCGGACCCAGGAAACUCGUACCCCGUGGUGACGAUGUGUGCAGCCUGCGUGCCACCAUACGAUCCCAACAACGACCCCACCCCGCAAGCGCUGGAUCCACCACGAACCUGUCUGCGCAAUGGUGAUUCAGUGCCACACCGCUACUGGCGCCUGCGUAUCCCACAGGGCGAAGCGUGUUUGGGGAAGACCACCAUCAAUAUCUUGGAGGCAGAAUUCUACCAGGUCUCCCCAUUGGAACGCACCGGACGCCUGGUGACGCCUGCUGCGAUCCUGGCGAAGGUGCCCGAGAUUGCGGGCGCCAACAAAGCAGCGGCCUUCGAUGGCAGCCAAGCCUCGAUGUAUCUCAUGGACACCCAGUUUGAUGCAUGGCUUGGAGUCGACGUGGGCAUUGGCAAUCAGGAGGCCAUGCUGCGCGUCCGCGCUUUCUGGGAAAGCGGUUGCGUGCCCAGCAAGUUGGUGCUGGAGUGGUCCGACGACAUCAUCACCUGGACCGAGCGGAUGACCACCAUGCCCGACACCUCACAGACCAUGACGGACGUCUACGUGGACGCCGGUGCGGUGAACUGGACCUCGGGCGCCUUCUAUCAGGUCGCCUGCACAGCAGAAUCUGAGAAGAACGUUCACAUUGAGGGUGUGACCCCAGGUUCAGCUUAUCACAUUCACUGCUGGUCGGUUGAUUCGGCGAACACUGAAGGACCUCAACAACAAGCCUUGGCGGUUACCACGGUGGAUUUCGUGAGCCCCUUCAUGACUGUCUCUGACCCAUCUGCUGCGGACUACACGGCGCGGGUCCACCUGGACCUGCAGGAUCCGGGCAAGGCCUAUCCAGCGCUCUCCACCUGCGUGGCGCGGGAGUUGACAGGGCAGUCGGAGGCCUUGCCGGCGAUUCAGGAGCUAUCCUCGCGGGGCCAGAAGUGUCAAUACCUGGAGGUCACCGAUCGACAGAACGCCAAUGGCCGCAUCAUGAUGAGCGACGUGUUCUCGGCUCGAAUGUUGGAUCGCAAGCUUCUAAUCCAACAGUCUGCAUGGGGAGGCCAUCGCCAAGACUAUCAGAGCUGCGGCUUCAACCACCAACCCAUGGCGCAAGCUGGCGGCUGCACUGCCAGGGAUUCCAAGCAGAAGGUGAGUUUCGUGGUCACCGUGAAGUCUCCACGGGAUCUUUACCUCUUCAUUGGCCCACGGAAUGGUGAGGGCUAUGAGAUCCUGCUGGGCGGAUGGCAAAACACCCGCGUCACCUUGGGCCGUGGCCAUUCACGAAACAUCAGCAACGAAGGACAAGCGCCACCCACUGUGGUAGUAUCUUGGUCCACCGCCGACAACGUGCCGAUUUUGGAUCCUGGAAGAUUCAAAACCUUCUGGGUGGAUGCAGAUCCAAUGACUGGUUUGAUCCGCGUUGGAAUGGACGAGAUUUUUGGCCACCACACCUUGAUCUCGUACAAUGAUUCCGCACCCAUCAGUCCUCUCACUUCGUUGUUGGUGGGCACACAAGCUCCAGGAAAUCCUGCGGAGUUGUACAUUUGCCCCAGGCUGGGCAACCUGCUGCAGGGUCGCAGCAUCAGCAGUUCCUCUGUGGCCUUCCACGGCGUCCCAGAGAAGGCCGUGGACGGUCAGUGGGGCGACAACACCUUCUGCGAGUACUGCGCGCAGAACGACCCGCUACACGUUUGCGCAUCUACACGGAGACAGGACACCUUCAGCCCUCCCAACUUCCGUAUCUCCCUGGGGGAACGGUUGUACCUCAUCAAGGCCGUGCGUUUAGUGGUGCCCAGCGAUGGACGACCCGAACAGUCUGCCGAGUGGUCCGUGUUCGUGGGAAACACUGGUUUUCGCUCAGAUGGCUUGUGCACCACCAUCCCCGAUGCACGCGGCGACAACAUUUGGCCGUGCAAUCCAGCCCAAGGCAAUUGGCUGAGCGUUUGGGGCAACGUGAACCAACUGAAGGUUCUUCCUGAGGAGUUCGGCAUCCGCAUCUGUGAGAUCGAAGCCUAUGCUGAUCUGCAGAAUAACAACCGCCUGGAGGACAUUACCGAUCAGUUCAACCUCAACAAUGGUUUGCCAACGCCUUUAAUCCCAGAUGGAGGGCCCCAGCCCAUCGACAUCUACGGGCUGCAGCCAAACCGAGACUAUGAGGUCUUCUGCUAUAGUGAGGACCUCUAUGGCAACCUGCAGUACAGUCUGACCUCACCUUUGACCGUCCACACGACGGAUACCACUGCGCCCAAGUUGCGUAUCAACCACAUCUAUCCCAACGACCUCUCCAUCACCGUUGAAGUCGGCCUGGAAGAUCCGGGUGAUGCCUAUCCAGCCUUGGCGCGAUGUAUGGCGACCACCAAGGAGGGGCGAGCGCCGCAAGAACACGACGCCUAUUUCGAGCACCGUUUCUGGCGUAUCCGAUUCAUCACCACGUACACCAACGUGGAUCCAAGCUGUGAUGGUCGUGUGCUUCUACGAAGUCUUGAUCUGCAGAGUUGGGGUGGUGAAACCUUCCGUAGGGAAAUGUUCAGCUCUGAUCCAGCGAGGCCGCAAGACACGAUUGGUUUGGACACGGAUGACAACAAUCUCAUUGAUUCCUUCGAGAUCGCUGCAUGGUCAGUGCCUGUGCAGGAUGCCUGGGUUGGCAUCGAUCUCCAGCAUAUGCCGGAGACAGCGGCACGAGUGAGGUCUCGUGGCUUCUUGCUGGAAGGCGACUUGACUGUCGCCAUCCGCUGGGAAGGAAAUGUGGAGGAACUGGACCUCUCUGUCCUUGGACCAGGUACCGAGUAUUUGGAGUUCAAUCUCACCGAGGGCGACUUUUAUCGUGUCAGCGAUGGUGGAACCUAUGCCGUGCCUUGCAACCCAGGAGAUGGGUGCACCACCCCGAUCCGCAGCACUCUUUUCGUUUUGGCGCUUGCUGGAGAUUAUGACAUCACGGUCUACCGUCGCACAGAACCUCCUUGGAGUGAGAUGACCAUCCAGCUCGACAUCAAACGCUGCGGUUUUGAACAGUCGUAUCCUGUGGUGCUGUCAGCAGAUGAACAGAACGAAACCAUUCGUUCAGGUGUUCGUGUGGCUUUUCAAGGAUGUCAUCGCAAGCCUCAAGCUGCAGUGGCAAACCUGCGGGUCUGGCAAUCCACCGUGGCGGGUGGCGGUGCAUCCGAGAAUCGCAUGUGGUAUUUGGCAGAUGAUGAUCCGAACAGCUGCAUGGAGACGGGUGGCAUCGGCAGCGACACGCCCGAUGCCAAACCCUGGUGGCGCGUCAGCCUGGAACGCACCCAGCUGCUGCAAGGCAUUUGGCUCGCGGGCCAGGGAGGUCCAGGUAUAGCCACCCACGCGGACGUCUUCACUUCGCCUAGCAUACAGCAGGAUGUCAGUGCGGUGGUAGACCUGGAUUCGUACAAUGGGCAGAUCUUCUAUAUCUAUAACGCCUCAACGCAGUACUGCUAUCGGGUCACCAUUGGGCAGCUCAUUGAGGAAGACCGACAGUCAUCGGCUUCAGCCUGCGAUGCUUUGGGCUUCACCAGCACCGGGACCUCGUAUUACUACCUCAUUGGCAGUUAUACUUCGACCACGAACAACGAGCAGAGCUUUGAGAACGGCGUGACCUGCGACCGCGUCGCCGGGCAGCGCCACGCCCGGCUGAGCACGGCCAUCCGCACGGACGGCGCCUUAGAGGUCACCAUCCGCGAGGUUCGUCCCUGCUCUUACGAAGCGAUCUUGCAUGUUCCCUUGAGCGACAUCUUGCAGCAUGGCACCUUGUGUGCUGAAGAUGUGCCCAUUGGAGUGCUUCAGGAUCCCUUCCAAGUUCCAGCUACUCGCGCUUGCUUCCAGGAGAGUCGCGGUAGCACAGUCUGGGUGGUGGCCAAGUACGGCCGCCUGCGACUCUGCGAAGUAGAGCUCUUCACAGAGCCCUUGCCCACGGUGACCCAGGUCUCCUUCGACUACGGUGCUUCUGGCAACGGGUCUGUCGGUGCUGUCUGCGGUGCCAACAACAUCUCCAUUGAAUUCUCAGACGACAACGUGUCAUGGAUGAAGGCAUGGGAUGCCUUCGCUGAUGGAUCCGUCUUCCAGCAUGUGCAGUUCGCACGCUGGAGUUGGUGGCAGCGGCUCUUCGCCUUGCCUUUCCACACCAAUUUCAGCCAAGCCGAAUCGCGGAAUGUGACCAUCCCCAGUCUUCGGGAGAACAGCAGCUACGACGUGCUGUGUUGGGCGACAGAUGCCAUUGGCAACGACAUCAUGCAGAGCAUGGUGAUGUUGCCCUUGCCGUGGGCAGAUACCAGAAAGAAUGUGAUGACCGCACUGGUCGACUACCCGGGCGUUCGUCGUUUGCAGGACCAGGACAGCCAGGAAGACAACGAGACGUGGAAGUGCGAAAGUUGGAUUCGGGAGCUGAUGGUUUGUGAGGAGGAAGUAGCAACGUCAGAUCGCGUGAUUCCUCGUGUGGUUCAGGCACUCCUGGUAGAAGUGCAGUCCACCACUGAAGGUUUCUUCACUGGAAACACCGAGAGGGCCUCCUUCCGCUUGGAGUUGCGUGAUGGCAGCUGCAACAAUCGGCUGGAGGGCAGCGGCACCGAGUGCCAUGUCAUUUGCAGAGUCUUAGAACAGGACUUGAGUUGGCUCACGGCGCCCAGCUGGUCUGGUGGUUCCAGCUGCCUGUAUCCGCGCUGCGACGAGAAGGCGUGGUCCAACGAGUAUCCGGUGUACCUCAGCUUCGGGAUGUUGCAACCCGGUCAGGACUACACCGUGGUGUGUUACAUCACCGACCCCUGGGCCAACCAGGCCACGCAGGAAUUCACCCUGUCGAUCCCGGCGAAGACGACCCAGGCCCCACAGAGCACCGAGCCGAGGAGUACCCGGGGACCGCUGACGCCACCACCCGUGACACAACCACCAAGUACAGCACCUCGAACAACGCAAGCACCAGAGUAUUACACCCGUGCCCCCACGGUACGCACCACCGGUUGGGCCUCCACCACGUGGCCUGGCCACGGCGGCGGCGGCUCCAGCAGCACCAGCCGCAGCUGGGCACAGCGUAGCACGGAGCAAACCACCACCACUGUGCAAGCUACGGUGCCACAAGCCACAUUGCCACCGUGGUUGGAAACGUAUACACCAACUGGACCUAUGAGAACAGAAAUGACACUCAGCACUUCUUCAAGAGAAGAUGCAGAAGCAAUGCAAAUGCCAUCAGCAAUUAGCGCGCUCAGAUCUGCACUGCGAACAUCUUUGCAGCUUGGACCAUUGGAUGAGUUGACCAUUCAGGGUGUGGAGAUCUACAGCGAAGGCACCAGCGGCCGACGGCUCUCCGUGCGCUGGCUGGUUAGAGUCAAGUUCACGGUCGAAGCCUACAACGCGGUGCAGAACAAAGCUCUCGUGCAGCGAGUUGGAGAAUUGGGCUUGUCCGACAGCACGGUUAGUAGUAGUUUUCAGGAGGAGCUUUCGACCCAGCUCGCUCAGAGAGGUGCAUCCGCAGAGGUGGGCUUCGUAGGCUCCACCCCACUGCAAGAUGGUGCUCAGUGGUCUCCCGUGCCCGCGCCGCCGUCACCAGCUGGCGCGACAACUACAUCUAUGGCUGGAGCUGUUGUUGGCCCCAUUGGAGCCAUUGAGGAACCUGACAGCAACUUCGGGCUGAUCAUCCCGCUGGCAAUCGCCAUUGUUUGCGCCUGCAUGGGUCUAUUAGUUGGAGGUGCAAUUUAUGCAAUUUAUAGCGCAAGGCCACCAAACAGUCCACAAGGGAAGCUUUCGAAGGUGGCCAAUUCAAAUCAAGCUUUGACGAGUGCAGAGUCCAAUCCAGCUCUCUUUGUGCCAAGGACACCGAGCGGCCGUGCGCUGCUCCCCGAUCUUCGGGAGACCGCGAAGGCGGAACUCCACUCCGUGGAAAGCAUGGAGGAGCCUCACCGAAAGUUCAGGCACAGCCCUGCGGCCAGCUCUACAAGGAGCGGAGGUCGUGAAGCUCACGUGGUGAACGUGAGAUGACAACGUCCCUUAACAUCCCGUGCAGAGUCCUCUUUCAUGUUCCGUGCAGCACAGAUCUGUGCGCCGAGGAGCGGAGUCUGAGAACAGGAAUAUGCA